AUGGCCCCGAACGGGACUCCCGCCUCAAAGAAGGCGUCGAAGAAUGCAUAUCGCAGGGCUAAGAAGAAGGCACAGCGCGCUGAGACCCCAUCGGAGGCCGGCGACUCUGCGCGUGAGAGCGAAACUCCUGCUCCCGACGACAAGACCAAUAACGAAGAACAGGCGGUCCGAACCGCGGACCUUCUGAACGUUGACGACUUCGCGAAUGCCUAUGAUCUUGAUAACCCGUUAUUCGAACAGUACAAGAACGUGUUUGAGAAGUUUCGCGAACCCACUGCGGAAGAGGUCGCAAAGGACGAGGACAAGGCUGAGAUAUACUACGACGAUGAUGACAUUCCCGACGAGGAGGACGACUCCGCGAAGAAGAUCUCGAAGAAACAGCGGAAACAAAUGAACAAGAUGACCGUGGCACAACUUAAGGCGUCGGUCGACAAACCGGAGCUCGUGGAGUGGACCGAUCCGACUUCCUCAGACCCCCGUCUACUGAUUGCUAUCAAGGGCUACAAGAAUGUCGUCCCGGUACCGAAUCACUGGUCUCUCAAGCGUGAGUACCUUUCGUCGAAGCGUGGUAUCGAGAAGCCACCGUUCGCAUUGCCCAAGUUCAUCCAGGAGACCGGCAUCUCGGAGAUGCGCGAAGCAGUUCUCGAGAAGCAAGCGGAAAUGACCCUGAAACAGAAGCAGCGCGAACGUGUGCAAGGAAAACUCGGGAAGUUCGACAUGGACUACGGAAAGCUCUACGACGCCUUCUUCCGGAGGCAGACCAAGCCAGAGAUGACGCGCUACGGAGAGGUGUACUACGAGGGCAAAGAGUUUGAGACCAGUCUGGUUCACUUGAAACCUGGCGUGCUGAGCGAGGAGCUGAAGGAUGCACUGGGCAUGGGUCCUGGUCAGCCUCCGCCAUGGCUAAUCAACCAGCAACGUUUCGGCCCUCCUCCUUCAUAUCCCAGCCUGAAAGUUCCAGGUGUGAACGCGCCCAUACCCCCCGGGGCUUCCUGGGGCUUCACCGCGGGGCAAUGGGGCCGACCACCGAUCGACGACGCUACACAUCGGCCCCAAUGGGGUGGAGAUCCUCUUGGACAGGGUAUCUUGCAGGAACAAGCCGCUCCCACUCAGCACGGCGAACCUGUCGAGCGCAGCAUCUGGGGUGUCUUGCGCGCCGAAGGCGAGAGCGAUGAAGAAGAGAGCGAUGAGGAGGAGGACGAUGAGGAUGAGGAGGAAGAAGAGGGCACAGAGGAUGCCUCGGGUAUCCAAACUUCGAUGACUACUGCCUCUGCACUCCCCUCAGAAAUUGGCGGAACGGAGACCAUUGGCGGUGAAUUCACAUUGCGCAAGCAGCGCAAGGGCAUCGAGACGGAAGAGCCUGGCGCACCGCGUAGCGCCUUCCAGGUGCUUCCGGAGAAGAACAUUCAGUCUACUGGAUUCUUCGGAGGUGAACAUGCUUAUGAUCUUGAUGCUGCCAGACGCGAUAACUUUGGCGACCACAGCCAGCGCAAGCGCAAAGCUGGCGAUGUCGAUAUCUCGGUGGAUGUGGAUGCCCUGGCAGACAGCGACAAGCUGGAUAAGGAGGCACUGAGGAAGCAGUAUGAGGCGCAGAGAAAAGCGGAGAUGCAGGGCCAGUGGUCUGCCAUUGAUCAAGAUGAUCUCAGUGAGAUGAUUGCGGCAGAGUCCCGAAAGAGGCAAAAGAGGGAGGAGAAGAGCAACGACGAGCGUCGCCCUCGGCGUUGA